UGGGUGGAAGAGACUUAUUUUUUCCCCACAGAUUAUCUGUUUUAUGUACUACGGUCAGGAUAGUGACAGUUUUAGCAAAUAUGACCAUUUUUAUAAGAGUUCCCUACUGUAGCUUUAAUCCCCAUUCCCAAAAUGUUCCCACUUAAUUUGCACAAAAUGAAUGAACAAUCCAAACAGCUGCAUACAGUUCGUAUGUUUCAAAGGGUGUGAUUCAAAUGUUCUGUCAGUUCAUGUGGAUGCUCACUCGACUCCUGAUUCUCUAUGCCUAAGCCCUGAGAAUCGAUUCUUUUUUUUUUUUUUUUUUCCCAUCGACUCUCAUCCCACAUCUCUGCAUGUGGUAUGUCUACCGCUGGGCAGAGUUGAACGAAGCUCAUGGCAUUGCGGGGGGAAAUCCAUAGGGAAGAAAAUAUCAAGGAUGUACUGCUAAUGCAUAGGCUAGUUUUUUUUUCCUCCAUCCCCUCCCCAAUUGUCAGUUUCCUCAAUGUCUCUUCAUAGUUUUAAUUAAUCAAAAUGAGGAUUUUGUACAACCACAUUUUAGUGAUAUUUUCUGGCAUUUGCGGACUCACAAUGGGCCCUUUUCCAAGCAGCGUUCAGAUUGGCGGGUUGUUCAUCAGAAACACCGAUCAGGAAUACACUGCAUUUCGUUUAGCUAUUUUCCUGCACAAUACCAGUCCUAACGCAUCUGAGGCUCCUUUUAAUCUCGUGCCACACGUGGACAAUAUUGAGACAGCCAACAGCUUCGCCGUUACCAAUGCCUUUUGCUCCCAGUAUUCAAGAGGCGUAUUUGCGAUCUUCGGCCUGUACGACAAGCGUUCUGUGCACACGCUGACGUCGUUCUGCGGAGCCCUCCACAUCUCCCUCAUCACCCCCAGUUACCCCACCGAGGGAGAAAGCCAGUUUGCCCUGCAGCUUCGGCCCUCCAUCCGGGGAGCACUCCUCAGCCUUCUAGACCACUACGACUGGAACCGCUUUGUCUUUCUAUACGACACUGACCGCGGAUAUGCCAUACUUCAGGCCAUCAUGGAAAAGGCUGGACAGAAUGGUUGGCAAGUCAGUGCUAUCUGUGUGGAAACCUUUAAUGAUGCAAGCUAUCGACAACUUCUGGACGACCUAGACCGCCGGCAAGAGAAGCUAUAUGUUAUAGAUCUGGAAGCAGAAAGACUGACAAAUAUGUUGGAACAGAUUGUGAGUGUUGGCAAACAUGUUAAAGGCUACCAUUACAUCAUGGCCAAUUUGGGCUUUAAGGACAUCAAUCUGGAGCGCUUUAUGCAUGGCGGAGCAAAUGUGAGUGGCUUCCAAGUGGUGGAUUUCAGCCAUCCCAUGGUGAUUAAGCUCAUGCAGCGCUGGAACAAGCUUGACCAGCGCGAGUACCCAGGGUCUGACACCCCCCCGAAGUACACAUCUGCACUGACAUAUGAUGGUGUCAUGGUGAUGGCGGAGGCAUUCCGGAACCUGCGCAGAAACAAGGUGGACAUCUCUCGGAGGGGUAACGCUGGAGAUUGUCUGGCAAAUCCUGCAGCACCCUGGAGCCAGGGUCUUGAAAUGGAACGCACCUUAAAACAGGUCAGACUCCAAGGAUUAACCGGAAAUGUGCAGUUUGACAUUUAUGGCCGCAGAGUUAACUACUCAAUGGAUGUCUUUGAACUGAAGAACAAUGGACCAAGAAGGAUUGGUUAUUGGACUGAUGCAGACAAGUUAGUUCUGAUUCAGGACCCCUCCCUUCUUUCAAACGACACAAUGACACAGAAUCGGACCGUCAUUGUGACUACUAUAAUGGAGGGUCCAUAUGUGAUGCUGAAGAAGAACUGGGAGUUGUAUGAAGGUAACGACCGGUACGAGGGCUACUGUGUGGACCUGGCCUCUGAGAUUGCCAAACACAUCGGCAUAAAGUACCUGAUCUCCAUCGUACCUGAUGGGAAGUACGGCGCCAGGGACCCAGAGACCAGGAUCUGGAAUGGAAUGGUCGGGGAGCUGGUGUACGGGAGAGCAGAAAUUGCUGUAGCCCCAUUGACGAUUACCCUGGUUCGGGAGGAGGUCAUUGACUUCUCUAAGCCUUUCAUGAGCUUAGGGAUCUCCAUCAUGAUCAAGAAGCCCCAGAAGUCCAAGCCUGGUGUGUUCUCCUUCCUCGACCCGCUGGCCUAUGAGAUCUGGAUGUGCAUCGUGUUCGCCUACAUCGGCGUGAGCGUGGUGCUCUUCCUGGUCAGCCGUUUCAGUCCGUACGAGUGGCACACGGAGGAGCCGGAGGAGGGCUCAGACGGCGUGCCCAACGACCAGCCGCCCAACGAGUUUGGCAUCUUCAACAGUCUCUGGUUCUCUCUGGGUGCCUUCAUGCAGCAGGGCUGUGAUAUCUCUCCAAGAUCUCUCUCUGGGCGGAUUGUGGGAGGAGUGUGGUGGUUCUUCACCCUCAUCAUUAUCUCCUCGUACACCGCCAACCUGGCUGCUUUCUUGACUGUCGAGCGGAUGGUCUCGCCCAUUGAGAGUGCUGAAGAUCUGGCCAAACAGGCAGAUAUAGCCUACGGAACAUUAGACUCGGGGUCCACCAAAGAGUUCUUCAGGAGGUCAAAAAUAGCUAUUUAUGAGAAAAUGUGGACUUACAUGAAGUCCGCCGAGCCCACCGUGUUCACCAAGAGAACAGCAGAAGGAGUGGCGCGCGUGCGCAAGUCCAAAGGGAAGUAUGCCUUCUUGUUAGAGUCCACCAUGAACGAGUACACGGAGCAGCGGAAGCCCUGUGACACUAUGAAGGUCGGAGGCAACCUGGACUCCAAAGGCUAUGGAGUGGCCACACCCAAGCGCUCACAGUUAAGAAGUGCAGUUAACCUGGCGGUUUUAAAACUGAAUGAACAAGGCCUAUUGGACAAAUUGAAAAACAAGUGGUGGUACGACAAAGGCGAGUGUGGCAGCGGUGGCGGUGGUGAGAAGGACAAGAGCUCCCAGGCCCUCAGCCUCAGUAAUGUGGCAGGAGUGUUUUAUAUCCUGGUGGGGGGCCUGGGUCUGGCCAUGCUGGUGGCCCUCAUCGAGUUCUGCUACAAGUCCAGAAACGAAGCCAAGCGAAUGAAGUUGACCUUCACCGAGGCCAUGCGCCAUAAAGCCCGUCUAUCCAUAACGGGAAGCAUGGGUGAGAACGGACGAGUCCUGAGUCCAGACUGUCCAAAGGCUGUGCACUCUGGACCUUCCCUUCGACAGACCUCUGGAUUGGCUGCGGUCCCUUCUGAUAUGCCAUGAAGACUUAAACCAUUUAAGUGCCUUACCCACAUCACUAUGCCACCCAAUACAUACACACCCGACUGAAACUACCCUCCAAAGCCUAGAAUUCACAGGUUAUUAACUAUUUCAAAAAUCAAAUGUAUAGAGGAGUAAAACAAAGGUGAUUUGCAAAAAUCAGAUUGAUUUUGAGACAAACUUGUCACAAUUAUGGGGUGCCACAUUUGAACACUAGUGCCAACUAGUUAACUUGAAACACAUGCUGAACAUUUGCUAGUUACUGGAAAAUGGAAUACCAACCUGACUAUUCUUUUCAGUUGAAAAAAGGUUUAUUUAUUUUAUGCACUUUUGUCACCUGAGAUCUUACGUCUGAGAAGAUGCAAACUUGAAGUGGCAAGUACUCUGAACAAGAAUGAGCCCCAGCUUCUAAUAUUUGGUCAUAUUACUACCGAAAGGUUAUAUUGUGAAUAUUUCUUGUACUUUCAUGGUUGUUCAAAUACAACCAUAUUAUUCUUUAUUUACAUACCAAUAGCAAUUGCAGUGAAGAUAUGCUUACAUACGAUUACAUUUUGGAAAUUUGAAACACAAUUUUAUCACAUUUUGACCCAGGAUUUCCAGUGUAUUUCAGAUUGAGCCAUUAUAAACAUGGUAUUAUUUUGAUUAACUCCUGUAGACACUUUGAGACUU